GUAUCGUUCGCGCGCGCAGCUCAUUUAGCUAGGUGACUUGGAUUCGCCGUUGCCGUCGCUCGCUCCUCGCUCGCGUAAUGAUGAUCAGCUGCCGAAGGUGGAAGGUGGCUUAUAGUGUGUUGGUGACUUAAUUGCACGGUUUCGUGAGCUUUGUUGACAGUCUAAGCGCCGGCCGAAGCCCACAGUGCGAACAGUAGGUACGAGAUCAUCCACCGGAGAAGUUCGGUCGCACACCGCGACGGUUCGGGUGUUGCGAGGGUGUUUUUAUGUGUAUUGAUUAAUUGAGUGAGGUGCGCGACAGUAGGCAAAAAUGAUACAUUCACGUGGUCGAAUUAAACUGCUGGCGUUGAUUGUGCUGAUAAUUACGCUUCGGGUCAAUGGAACCGAAUUGGUGGGGGUUGACCUGGCUAACAAUACCGUUACGGCUAAAGACGGUGGGCCAACAAAAUUGCCGAAUGUGACGAAUUCCCCAGCAGUGGUGCUGACCACGACGCCGGUUGUUGCAACAACAGUGAUUACAACAACACCACUAACAACAACAACAACAACAACAGAAGAAUUUACAACGGAACAAGUGAUGACGACCACGGUUGUCGAAACCACCGGUCGAAGUUCUACAAGCAAAGAAGUUCCGGCAAGUAGCAGCACUACGUCCACAGAGAAGCCCAAACUUGUACCGGAAGUUACCACUGCCACUAGUCACGAGCAGUUACCAAACUGUUUGGAAUUUGAGAUAUCCCCACAUCAACCAUCCUACGAUAAAGAUUCACACAUCAAAAAGUGCUGCCCUCAUGGAGAAAUAUUCGAAUCCGUGGGUUCCGGCCGUCUACGCUGUACCCCCGGUGAACGCAAACUGGACAUCGAAACGAUCUACGCCGUGUUCUACGGCGAUGCAGAGUGUAUCGAAGACAAAGACCAUCUCAUCCACUUUGACUACGAACCAAGUAAUGCGUGCUAUUCGAACAAUUUGACGUUCCAGUAUAGUAAGGAGCAAGGCGACGAGAUGUUCGUAAUCCAGAACGGUUCGUUGCUUGUGAUCGCGGAAGGCCAAUUCAUGGCGGUGUUCGAUCAUUACUGCGUCGAGGUGGAUACCCGGGGUAAGCUUUUGGCCAAAGCGUGUGACGAAGUGGAACCGAUCGUGCUGAGAUCUACAGCUGUGUUGAUCUACGUUGGCUUGGCGAUCGCUUCACUGGGUUUGCUGCUGACUUGCGUAGCUUAUGCGUUCGUACCGAAGCUGAACGACGUGUUCGGGUAUCUGCUGGUCGGACACGCGGGAUCGUUCCUGGUGGGGAUGAUACUGAUGUCGCUGGCAGCUUGCGGCGAUCGUUGCGUUCCCGAUGGGAGGGUUGACGGACUCGCAAUAUUUGGCCAUGUGUUCCUCAUAACAUCUGUAUUUGCCUUUGUCUUGAUGAAUGUCUACAACUAUGUCUACGCUGCUUACUACCUCCCGAACGGAUUGGAGUUCGAUACCAAAAACAAAACCGAUGUGUUCUUCUUCCUAGCUGUACUCUACACCAUCACCGUUAUUCCUAUGUUCUUCCCGUGGAAAAAAGCUCUCAUCUUCCAUAUCGCUCUAUACAUAUACUACGCAGCAAUAGCCGUAGUUCUCUACCUCUGCCACCGUGCCAUACGAACACUGGCGAACAGUAAAUUCAUCCGAUUUACAGUGUCGCACCAGAAUUAUCACGAGUUGACCUACACGGAAGCGGUCAAUGCUCAGCCUCGAAUUAACCAGGAACGGCUGGACGAAGUGCGGACCACGAACCGCCUAUGUACGAUCGAAGCCAUCUACACCGUCAUCUGCUGGGUGGUACUCAGCUUAAUGGAGCAGCAGCUGGACAGUCAGUACGACAUCUUCCGGCUGGGGGCCGCAUUCGCGGUUAUCUUCCAGGGGAUGCUCGUGGGAGUGCUGUUCGUGGGUGGAAGCAAAAAGUGGACCAUCAUUCGGGAGUGCUGGAGCUACUCCGGAUCGAUUGAUCUGCACGCGGUGGAAACGGAACGGGAGAUGCGAACCAUGGAACGGAAGCCUGUGAUAGAGUCGUAGAAGCUGGAGGGAGGAGGUGCGAGUGUGAGAGUGAAUGAACUGUGUAUUUAUAUAGUAUUUUAAGGCCGACCGAAUACGAGUUUAUUGUGGAUUACCAGUUUUAACGGUAUACGCUUAUUCGAGUUUGAGUAGUUCUAAGAAGGAACUGCUUUGUAUUAUUCCUGUUGUAGUAUUGAAUAGCCAGAAUGUUGUAGACCCGAUGUACGGAUGUUGUAUGACCAGAAUAAUGAUAAUGUCGACUAAUUAAUAUAUAUUUUGGCGAAAAGAACCUAAAUUAGUGUAGAAAUUGGAGAUUUUAACCGACAAAUAGAAUAAUUAAACUUUUGCGGAA